AUAAACAAACAAGAAACAUUAAUUCAACAGCUGGAAAAUCGAAUCGAUCAUUUACAACAGGUCAGUAAGAUGAAUAAUAUUUGCAUAUACAAUUUAGAUGAGGAGAUUGAAGAAAAAACAUCGGAGCAAGUAAUUAAUCUACUCAAUAAUAGGAUGAAAAUUAACAUUAAGAAGGAAGACAUAAUCAAGGCGCAGAGAGUUGGCGUAAAAAAUGAUAAAACUAGACCAAUUAUUGUGAAGUUUGAGAAAUACCAGCAUAAAGCCAUGGUUUUAAAAAAUUGCAAAUUACUGAGAGGAACAAAGAUUGGAAUAGCUGAGGACUUGCUAAGAAAAAAAAUUCAUCUUUAUAAAGAAGUCACCAAGAUGUAUGAUAGAAAGUACGGAGUCGCUUGAUUUGAUUGGAUUUAAUUGCAUAUUAAUCAUUUACAUUUAUGUCACUGGACUAUUUUAAUGGAGUGGAUGGGUAUGGUAGUCUGGACACAGAGAUCUUUGAUGGGAUUCAGAAGGUAAAUUAUUUUUCUGAACAAGGGAAUUUCAAUAUAUUGCACUUUAAUAUUCGUAGUAUACGUAAAAACUUCGAUGAGUUAAUUUUAUAUUUGGAACAAAUAGAAUUAAAUAAUAUUGAUAUUCUUGUACUAUCUGAAACCUUUAGAGUGGAUAACUUAGAUCAUUUUAAAAUUAGAGGC